AUGGGAAUAUUCUUAUUAGUUAUAUAUUUAACACCUCUGGGAGAUUUUAAGGUAGAUCAUCAUGAUGAAUUAAUUGCCGAAGAUAUAGAAGUAGACCUUAAAGCUGAAGCAUCUUUGUUGGGAUUAAGUUCCUUUGUAGGAGUAACUCUUGAGAUAGUAGUUUUUUAUUUUGGGAAACAUAUCUCGGAAUCUACUGUUCCAGAAAUCUGCAUUAUACGCAUUUUUUGGUACAACUAUGAAUCCUUGGUUAUCUCUCCCGAUUGA